AUGUUACAUGAAUUAUUACUUGCAUUAUACGGUAUAUCUGGCGGCAUUUUUAUUGAAUCAACAGAGAAAGGUGAUAAUGAUGACACAGAGUUGGCUGAACAUUUAAUACCCGUGGUGAAUGAUAAUAAUCUCAUUCCUGAAAGUGAACUUAGUCUUCAAAGAGAACUAUUAAAACUAGGCUCAUGUUAUAAUUAUUUAAUAAAAUUUAUUGAAAAAUAUUCAGAGCCUAAUUAUGGCUUGUAUUUAUCAGCUUUCGCCUUUGGAAUUGAUGAUUCACUUAAAGAAUACCGAACAGAUUUAUGUACCCUGGAGGCUGAACUGUCAGCGGAUAAAUCUAUGGGUGUUUCACAUUUAUCUUGUCGCCUGCAUACUUACAAGAUUUUGUUGCCUGUACUUGUAAAAGUUACAAAAAAAGUUGAAAGUGUUAUUGUUAUUCAUCCUGAAAUGAAGCACACUAAUUCAAGUUGUCGACUUCUAGAUGCUAUAUUAUCUGCAACACCUCCUGGUCUACCUGGUCCAAGAAAUGUUCUUCGUAAGGUGGUGUCUCGUGUUAUGCAAGUAUUUUAUCGACAAGUAUCUUCAUGGCUUAUAUACGGUGUGUUGUAUGAUCCUUAUUCAGAGUUUUUCAUCAAAACAAUUGAGGCUAAUCCUACUACUACUACGCCAGAUCAGAAGAAAGCAGUGAUCUUUGUGAUAGAUGCUCACCGCAUUCCUUCAUUUUUGCCAACAUCAUUUGCUCAAAGAGUAUUUGAAACUGGUCAAGCUGUUUAUUCUGCUAGUCAUAGUCCAUCUGAGGCAGCAUUCAUCUUGGAGUUAGAAAAAGUGUAUAUUCCACGGUUUACAGAAAUAUCAACCUAUGUAAGCAAAGAUGUCAAUGGAAUCCAGUCAACUGAAAACAGUUUGAGUAACUUGAUAAGUGUCAAUGAAAUUGAUAGUCUUGUAUGUGAUAUCAAAAGUGUUGUUUUACAUCAUGUCUGGUGUAGUGUAAUCCAGCAGCAUAAAUUUCUUGAUUAUCUUCGUCUGUUUAAAGAUGUCCUACUUUUAGGACGUGGUGAACUAUUCCUCGCAUUUCUUGAUCAAUUGAAUUUUAAGAGUAUUAGUUUUAACAAUAAUAAUAAUAAUAGCAGUUGUAGCAGUAGUCCACGAAGUUCACUUCAUUGGGAGUUUGGAGAUAAUCUACUAGAUCAGACACCGCCCGUAGAUGAAAAUGAAGUUGAAGCUCUUGAAUAUGAUAUUACUCAGGCGUUUUUUGCAGCAGCAGCCCGUUGUCUAGGCUUAGACGAUGAAGAAUUAGACGCUCAAUUUAGAAUUUUUAUAAAAUUGAAAACCACAUCUCAACAAGAUCCCGCACCAACAACAGCAAAACCUGCAGCAACUGACAGUCUAACAAUUUUAGACUGUCUGUAUUUACAGAUAAAUAUUCCAUCAGCUCUCGAUUUUCUAUUCUCCGCACAAAUAUGUCAUGCUUACAAUCGGCUAUUUCAUUUUCUCUUCUCUAUUCGUCGAACACAAUUAAAGCUACAACAGUAUUGGGCUGAUCAAAUUCUUCUCUGGCGUCGUGCUAGAUCUGAUCAUCAUCAGUUGAAUUCAGUGUAUAACAAGGCGGCGAAAAAGGCGGGCAAGAAUCAGCAUGAUGAUGGUGAUGGUAACAUAACAACAAUGUCAAAUAAUAAUUUUUUGCAUUUACAAUUGAGAAUAGGUCGGCGUUUAUUAGUUCGUAAUCAUAUGGCAUUUAUUAUUGAAAAUUUAUUAUACUACUUACAAGUUGAUGUUAUUGAAUCACAAUUCUCACAUUUACUCCAUCGUUGUCAAACAGACCAAGAUAUCCAAUUGAUUCAAAUCGCUCAUGAGGCGUAUUUAGCCAGUCUACAAGCACAAGCCCUCUUAUUCAUGCCAAAUAUAAAAUUAUGCAUAUUCAACUUACUAAAGACUUGUCGUCAAUUUGUUCAUAUAUCAAGUCAACUCGCCUAUGACAGCAGCAGCAACAGCAAUCAUAAUACUACUAAUCAUGAUUCUCAUGGAAGUACAGGCAGUCGUAGUGACACUGUCAGUGUUACCCUGGAGAAUAUUCAGCUAUCUAACAAAGAAGAGCAUAUCAUUCAUAGAUUUUAUAAUCAAUCGAAAUUAUUAUAUGAGUUAAUUAGUAGGUCGUGUUCAACCGGUGCUAAAAGUAGUGUUAGCAUAAAUUCUGCUUAUACGCAUCGUUUAUCCCGUGGCAAUACUACUAAUAAUCCUGUUCUGAAUUCAGGAACAGCGGAUUUAAAUCAAUUAUUAUUACGCUUAGAUUUUAAUAAUUAUUAUAGUAAUUUACCCGAAGAUUUAAUAUAA